AUGUCGGCGGGCGGCCGCGACGAGGAGCGGCGGAAGCUGGCCGACAUCAUCCACCACUGGAACGCCAACCGGCUGGACCUGUUCGAGAUCAGCCAGCCGACCGAGGAUCUGGAGUUCCAUGGAGUGAUGAGAUUUUAUUUUCAAGAUAAAGCUGCUGGAAACUUUGCCACAAAAUGCAUCCGCGUUUCUAGCACUGCUACCACCCAAGAUGUGAUUGAAACUCUGGCAGAGAAAUUCCGCCCCGACAUGCGCAUGCUGUCGUCUCCCAAGUAUUCACUGUAUGAAGUGCACGUCAGCGGAGAAGAAAGAAGAUUGGACACUGAUGAGAAGCCUCUAGUUGUGCAGUUGAAUUGGAACAAAGAUGACCGGGAAGGCAGAUUUGUGCUCAAGAAUGAGAACGACGCAGCCCCUGCUAAGAAGGUUCAAAGUAAUGGACCAGAAAAGCAGGAGAAAGAAGGUGUUAUACAGAACUUCAAGAGAACUCUCUCAAAGAAAGAAAAGAAAGAAAAAAAGAAGAGAGAAAAGGAGGCCUUGAGACAGAUGUCUGAUAAGGAGGAUGGACCUUCUCGAGGGGAUGACAGUGAGAAUUCCCGACUGGCUGCUGAGGUAUACAAGGACAUGCCGGAAACCAGCUUUACGCGAACCAUUUCUAAUCCUGAAGUGGUUAUGAAACGACGGCGGCAGCAAAAGCUGGAGAAGAGGAUGCAGGAGUUCCGCAGCUCAGAUGGGAGGCCCGAUUCAGGUGGAACGUUGAGAAUUUAUGCAGAUAGUUUAAAACCAAACAUUCCCUAUAAGACAAUCCUCCUGUCUACUACGGAUCCUGCAGACUUUGCUGUGGCGGAAGCUUUGGAGAAAUAUGGUCUGGAAAAAGAAAAUCCUAAGGAGUACUGCAUUGCUCAGGUUAUGCUUCCCCCUGGAGCCCAGCAUUCUGAUGAAAGAGGUGCUAAAGAAAUUAUCCUUGAUGAUGAAGAGUGUCCUUUACAGAUCUUCAGGGAAUGGCCAAGUGACAAAGGGAUUUUAGUCUUUCAGUUGAAGAGGAGGCCAUCAGACUACAUCCCAAAGAAAGCGAAGAAGCUUGUGGAAGGGAAGCCACUGAAGGGGAAGGAGAGAGCAGACAGCUCAGGCUACGGAUCUGCUCUCCCCCCUGAGAAGCUGCCCUACUUAGUGGAGUUAAGCCCAGAUGGCUCUGACUCCAGAGACAAGCCAAAGCUUUACCGCCUUCAGCUGAGUGUGACUGAAGUUGGGACAGAAAGGUUGGACGACAACUCCAUCCAGCUCUUUGGCCCAGGAAUCCAGCCUCAUCACUGUGACCUCACCAACAUGGAUGGUGUGGUCACUGUGACACCUAGAAGUAUGGAUGCGGAGACUUACGUGGACGGCCAGCGCAUCUCGGAGACCACCAUGCUGCAGAGUGGCAUGAAAGUGCAGUUUGGGGUGUCGCAUGUGUUUAAGUUUGUGGACCCCAGCCAGGACCAUGCUCUUGCCAAGAGAUCUGUGGACGGAGGCCUGAUGGGGAAGGGCCCAAGACAUAAGCCUGGGACUGUUCAGGAAACAACCUUUGACUUGGGAGGAGAUGUCCACAGUGGGACAGCAUUGCCGACAAGCAGGAGCACCACCAGACUGGACAGCGACAGGGUGUCCUCCACCUCCAGCACGGCUGAACGAGGGAUGGUGAAGCCUAUGAUCCGCGUGGAUCAGCAGCAGGACUACCGCAGGCAGGAGAGCAGAACUCAGGAUGCUGCUGGGCCAGAACUGAUGCUGCCUGCCAGCAUCGAAUUCAGGGAAAGUGCUGAAGACUCCUUUUUAUCUGCCAUUAUCAAUUACACGAAUAGCUCUACAGUACAUUUUAAGUUGUCCCCCACUUAUGUGCUGUACAUGGCGUGUCGGCACGUACUGUCCAGCCAGCACAGGCCCGAUGUCAGUCCCACGGAGCGCACGCACAAGGUCAUCGCUGUGGUCAACAAGAUGGUGAGCAUGAUGGAAGGGGUCAUUCAGAAGCAGAAGAACAUCGCAGGGGCACUUGCCUUCUGGAUGGCCAAUGCAUCUGAGCUGCUCAACUUCAUCAAGCAGGACCGAGACCUUAGUCGGAUCACGCUCGAUGCCCAGGACGUUCUAGCACACCUGGUUCAGAUGGCAUUUAAAUACCUGGUCCACUGUCUUCAGUCAGAACUGAAUAACUACAUGCCCGCCUUUCUGGAUGAUCCUGAAGAGAACAGUCUGCAAAGACCAAAAAUAGAUGAUGUGCUGCACACACUCACGGGAGCCAUGUCCUUGCUGCGGCGCUGCAGAGUCAAUGCUGCCCUGACUAUCCAGCUUUUCUCUCAGCUGUUCCACUUCAUCAAUAUGUGGCUGUUCAACAGAUUGGUGACAGACCCGGAUUCAGGGCUGUGCUCCCACUACUGGGGAGCAAUUAUCCGCCAGCAGUUGGGACAUAUCGAAGCCUGGGCAGAGAAGCAGGGGCUAGAACUGGCUGCGGACUGUCACUUGAGCAGGAUCGUGCAGGCAACUACUUUGCUUACCAUGGACAAGUAUGCACCUGAUGACAUUCCAAAUAUAAACAGCACCUGCUUUAAGUUAAAUUCACUGCAGCUUCAAGCCUUACUACAAAAUUAUCACUGUGCACCUGAUGAGCCUUUUAUCCCCACGGAUCUCAUAGACAACGUGGUGGCUGUGGCUGAGAACACAGCGGAUGAGCUAGCCCGGAGCGAUGGGAGGGAUGUACAGUUGGAGGAGGAUCCUGACUUGCAGCUGCCUUUCCUCUUGCCAGAAGAUGGCUAUUCUUGUGACGUUGUCAGAAACAUUCCAAAUGGUUUACAGGAGUUUUUAGACCCUCUGUGCCAGAGAGGGUUUUGCAGGCUGAUUCCUCAUGUGCGCUCACCAGGUACUUGGACAAUACAUUUUGAAGGUGCAGAUUAUGAGAGCCACUUUCUGCGUGAGAACACAGAACUGGCCCAGCCUUUGAGGAAAGAGCCUGAAAUAAUCACUGUGACCCUAAAGAAGCAGAAUGGAAUGGGCCUCAGCAUCGUGGCAGCAAAGGGCGCUGGCCAGGAUAAACUGGGCAUCUAUGUCAAGUCUGUCGUGAAAGGAGGUGCUGCAGAUGUGGAUGGACGACUAGCAGCAGGAGACCAGCUCCUCAGUGUGGAUGGACGCAGUCUGGUGGGGCUCUCUCAGGAAAGGGCAGCAGAACUUAUGACAAGAACAAGUUCCGUGGUUACACUCGAGGUAGCAAAGCAAGGUGCCAUCUAUCACGGCCUGGCCACCCUCCUCAACCAGCCAUCCCCCAUGAUGCAGAGAAUUUCAGAUCGACGUGGCUCAGGUAAACCCCGACCAAAGAGUGAAGGUUUUGAGCUCUAUAAUAAUUCAGCUCAAAAUGGGUCGCCAGAGAGUCCUCAGCUGCCCUGGGCAGAGUACAGUGAGCCAAAGAAAUUGCCAGAUGACAGACUGAUGAAAAACAGAGCUGACCAUCGCUCUAGCCCCAACGUGGCAAAUCAGCCGCCGAGUCCUGGAGGGAAGAGCCCAUAUUCCUCUGGAACCACAGCCAAGAUAACGUCUGUCUCCACCGGGAACCUCUGCGCUGAGGAGCAGAGCCCUCCACCCAGACCUGAAGCCUACCCCAUCCCGACUCAGACAUACACCAGAGAAUAUUUCACGUUCCCAGCCUCCAAAUCCCAGGAUCGCAUGGUUCCUCCUCAGAACCAGUGGCCAGACUAUGAGGAGAAGCCCCACAUGCACACAGAUAGCAGUCAUGCCAGUGUUGCCAUUCAGCGUGUUGCCCGUUCCCAAGAAGAGCUUCGGGAAGAGAAAGCUUACCAGCUUGAGCGACAGCAAGUAGAGGCAGUUAUGGAUCGGAAAUCUGACAGUGACCUGUGGAUAAAUCAGAGCUCCUCGGUGGAAUCCAGCACCUCCAGCCAAGAGCACCUGAACCAUUCCUCCAAGUCGGCCACCCCUGCUUCCACACUGACCAAAAGUGGCCCUGGCCGAUGGAAAACACCAGCAGCGGUGCUGCCCACCCCAGUGGCCAUCUCCCAGCCCAUCAGAACAGAGCUGCCUCCGCCUCCGCCUCCACCUCCUGUCCACUACGCUGGAGACUUUGAUGGGAUGCCAAUGGAUUUGCCUCUCCCACCCCCUCCCGCCAACCAGGUGGUUCCACAGUCGGCCCAGGCAGCUGCAGAACGGAAGAAGAGGGAGGAGCACCAGAGGUGGUAUGAGAAGGAGAAGGCCCGCCUGGAAGAGGAGCGUGAGAGGAAGCGCAGGGAGCAGGAGAGGAAGCUGGGCCAGAUGCGUACACCACCUCUGCACCCUGCUCCCUUCCCUCCCCUGGCCACCCCUCAGGCAAAGCCUGAAAAGCCAUCCACACUCCAGAGGCCCCAGGAGACAGUUAUUCGCGAGCUGCAACCCCAGCAGCAGCCCCGUACCAUCGAGCGCAGAGACUUGCAGUAUAUCACCAUCAGCAAAGAGGAGCUUUCCUCUGGGGACAGCCUGUCUCCAGACCCCUGGAAGCGGGACGCCAGGGAGAAGCUGGAGAAGCAGCAACAGCUGCACAUCGUGGACAUGCUGAGCAAGGAGAUCCACGAGCUGCAGAGCAGGGCAGAGCGCACUGCAGAGGAGAGUGACCGCCUGCGCAAGCUCAUGCUGGAGUGGCAGUUCCAGAAGAGACUGCAGGAGUCCAAGCAGAAGGACGAGGACGACGAGGAGGAGGAGGAUGAUGAUGUGGACACCAUGCUGAUCAUGCAGCGCCUGGAGGCCGAGCGGAGAGCCAGGGAUGAGGAGCGCAGACGCCAGCAGCAGUUGGAGGAUAUGCGCAGGCGGGAAGCAGAAGACCGCGUGAGACAGGAGGAGGAGCGGCGUCUGGAGGAGGAGCGAGCCAAGCGGGACGCCGAAGAAAAGAGGCGACAGGAAGAAGGGUAUUACAGCCGCCUGGAGGCCGAGAGGCGCAGACAGCAUGAGGAGGCGGCGCGCAGGUUGCUGGAGCCCGAGGAGCCCGGGCUGUGCCGACCUCCGCUUCCACGGGACUACGAGCCCCCGUCCCCGUCCCCUGUGCCCAGCGCCCCUCCUCCCCCACCUCAGCGAAACGCCUCCUACCUCAAAACACAGGUCCUCUCCCCAGACUCGCUGUUCACUGCCAAGUUUGUUUCGUACAAUGAGGAGGAGGAGGAGGAGGACUGCAGCCUAGCAGGACUGAACCCUUACCCAGCAUCUGCUGGGGCAGUCAGCGGUGCCCAUGAUGCUCCUCGGGAUGCAAGAGAGAAGCACACCAGAAGCCAAGAUGCAGAUUUACCUGGAAGUUCCGGAGCCCCUGAAAACCUGACAUUCAGAGAGCGUCAGCGCCUUUUUUCACAAGGUCAAGAUGUGUCCAAUAAAGUGAAAGCUUCCCGUAAAUUAACAGAACUGGAGAAUGAACUAAACACAAAGUGAGGAGCGGCACAGGGCAACUAUGUGCACACAGAUCUGCUCAGGGGUCACAGGUGGGAACCUGAAGAAGAGGGGGGAGGCUGUGUUUCUAAGUGAUUUCUAAUUUCAGAUUCUAAAGUGGUUGUAAUUUAGAGAUGUUCAAAUUCCAAGAAAUUUUAUUUUGCUUCAGCAAGAAAUUGUUGUUUGUACAAUUUGAACCCUGUCUGAUUCUGAGUGAUCUCACGUGAGGGUAUCUUUUUGUUGGUUUAUUUUUGGAGUCCUGGCCUCAUGGGGCAAAAAGAAGAACAGUCAAGGUACUGUCUCCCUGUCCUGGUGCCACACACUGUAGACCAAGAAGUCUCUUCCUGGACUUUCUUGGAAACUUCAUUUUGCCCAUGACCCUCAGAUUGGCUACCCCGCCCUGCCUGCUGUGUGCGCUCCAUUGCCACAGCCUUUUAGGAUCGAGGGUGGACGUGUGGACUGCUCCUCUGGCCCCUUCGGGGUACGUUUCCAGUUGCCUUCUUGUCUGGGCCACACAGUAGCCUGGACAGCAAGGUCCUGUGAGCAGAAUGGCGCACGGCCCAUCUCACCCCACAAACAAGAGCCCCCAAUCAGUUCUGAAUAUUGGAUUAAAUUAAAUUUUUGAUUAAUAUUUGAUUUCUAAAAUUCUCAAAGAAGAAAAUUUUGAGGAUUUAAUCUUAGGAGAUUUUAUUUUUAUAAAUACAGGUUGUUGUUAGCCUAAUAAAAAUCAUUGAUGAAAUUGAAGAUGACAGUUAUUCUAGAAGGUUAACUAAUAUUUCAUAUAUUCUAAGGAGUCUAUCAAAGAUCUCUGUAGCUGAACAGUGUUGAUGUAACUAGGAUCAAAAAUGCCUGAGAAAAUGGGGAUAUUGGUAGGUGAUCCCCAAGCACAGAUGUCACUAGAAAAUUUAAAUCUGGAAAACGAAUUUACAUUGAUAUUCUGUGAGAAAGAAAGGAAUUCCUUGACUAUGCCAUCUGUAACUGGAGUAUUGCAAGAAUAAUUCAUGGCAGUUUGAGCUUUGUUUUUUAUAGUAUAAUAGUUAUUUAAUUUUAAUUUGUGAGUUCUGAGUUAUCACUGUCAUUUUUUUCAGCUGUGGGUAUAUGGCUGAUGUUGGGGAGACGGACCUCAGUUUGUUUAUGUUGUGUGAUGUUAAAAUGGUAAAAUUUUUUGUGAUUUUAAGCACAUUUCCUAUUUGACAAAGCCCUAAUGGGGUCCAGAUGAUCUUUCUGUACCAUAUUGUUCUCUUACGAAGAUGUAUGUUGGGAAAAUAUGCACACUUUCAAAUAGAACAGAGGCAUUUGCUGCCCUAGAAACCACUUUAAUAUGAGUUGUAUGAUAAAAUGUCCAAAGUACAAGUGUAAAUAUUUUUUUGUCUAUCAGGGUUCUUAUUUGAAAGUGUGCUUUCUCCAUUCCCCCUGUAAGUAAGAGUCGAAUGGUCCCGAGAGCUGAUGAAGGAUUUGCACACUUGCCCCGGAAAAAGCAAGCUCCUCCUGGUGUCUCAGGGGCACUGGCGCCUCCAGGUGGCAAAUCCACACCUUGCCUAGAGAAACACGGGUGCUGAUAACUGCCUGUCACACGUGGGAGACAGACACACACAGCACGAGUGCAAACAGGGAUAUUUGUGUGUUUGUCAAACCCAGACAAAGGUGGAUUUGGCCAUCCCUGGACGAUGAGGUCAAAUGUGAAUAUGUGUAAAAGUGCUUUUCAUGAUGUGCAUUGCUAUGGGAAAAAUCCAAACUGCUGUAGUUUUCCAUUUCUACUGUAUUUCGGUUGCAACCUAUUUUUAAUAAACUUUGUAUGUAUUUAAGUGUA